AUGCUUCAAGAAGUAACAAUUCCUUGUGGGAGAUAUAAUUUCGAUCCAGAAACUAAAAAAGUAGUUAUGGUGAAAGCAAAAGGAUUGUUAAAUUUAUAUUUAAAUGAUGAAAAUGAAUUAUGGUUGAAAUGGUAUAAUGUUGAUUAAGAUGGUUUAUUAGAAAUUGUAUUAAUAUUUAAUAUAAAACUAAGGUAAGAGUUUUAAUUAAAGGAUGCACAUUUUUUGAAAAAGUAAAAGGUUAGAACAGAGUAUAUCUUUUAAGAUUUACUGAUGAUGAUUAAAAAUAUUUCUUUUGGAUGCAAGUAAUUCAUGGUUUUUAUUGAAUUAGUCCGAUGAUUUAAAUUCAGACGAAAAUUAUUGCAAAUAAUUUAAUAAUAUCAUUAAUGCUUAAGUUUUAGAUGGCUCUAUUGAAAUUGAAUAAUAAACUCCAAUUCAAAAUCAAGUUUAACCUUAAAUUGUAUAACGUUAAUCUUAAUCUACACAAUAAUAAGUAGAUCAAUAAUAAUAAUAACUUUUAUAAUUACUUUAAUAAUAAUUAGCAUAAAGAGUAGGUCCAGGAAUAUCUUUAACAGAUAUUUUGAGUAGUGAAUUCUUAAAUUAAAUUGGAAAUGAUGAAGAAUAUUUUUAAGUGUUAAAAAAGUAACUUUUUAUAUCUAUUUAUAUUAUAGUCAUUUACCUUCUGAUUAAUAAGACUUUGAAUAAUUUAAAGAGAAUUUAUUAAGUCCUUAAUUUAAAUAAGCUUUAGAUUAAUUGACUCAUGCUUUAAAAGGAGUAGAAAGAAGUUCUGUUAUUUAAUAAUUAGAUUUGAAUUAUAGAAUAUUAGAAUAAGAAUUUGAUGGAGUUAUAGCUUUUGUUAAAGCUAUUAUUUAAUAAGUUUAAAAUAAAAAUUGA